AUGCGCAAAUGCUUUAAGCAGGCCCAGUCCAGAAGAUAUUUUUCCUGCUACUGGUCUCCGUCGCGUCUCUCUGCUAGGGACAUUCGAUCGUACCAAAGUUUCAUCCGCUUAAGAAAGCCUUCCCGAGUCCCGUUCUCGAAUUUCUCCCGCCAUUUCUUCUCUUCCCAGCAGAGAAGCCCGGGUCAAGAUGACCUCUCCUCUCUUCCUUCGGCAGCAGAAACAGACGUCCAAAAGGUGACAAUUGGCGAUGACAUUGGACCGACAGAGAGGCCGCAAGAUUAUCCUCAAUACUGGGUGGCUCUGCUGGAGAAAUUCCUACCCGAAGAUUUGAGUCUGUCAGAUCAGCCAGUAUCUCACACAGCCUCUCCGGAUAAAUCACGCUUCAAAAAUGUGCUCGAAAUCCUCACCGAAGCUCAAUCUCAGCGCAAUUUGGACAUUUUGGCCUAUAUGGUACUAAAGCAGUGCCGGCACAGGGCUGUUAUAUACUUGGUCGAAUUGUUUCUGAAGCCUGCUGCAGUCGCCACGGAUUUCCGCAAGGAGAGGCCGCCUUCCAAUAUAACUUGGCCGAUUACAUCGUUGUGUAAUUAUCAAGGUUGGCCAGUCGAACUUGAUCUGGAGUCUCACGUCGACAGAUGGGCGCCAGCAGCGUGGCUCCGGCCUUUCAACCCCGAUUGUGAUACAAUCCCGGCGGAAACGGCAAUGCAAUUGGUCUGGCCUUUUCUGGCUGAAUUGGUCAUCGCCGCCGCCGAACAACCCGAGGAGGAGGCCAGAUUGAUCAUGAAUACAGUCUAUCAGAUCAUUGCUCGGAUCCAUAAUUUCGGUUUGGUCCCUGAAAAUCUCUACACCUACUCCUUGCCCAAAGGCACCACAGCUGUCCAGCAGCCACCAAUUCUUAGCUUGUUGAGCUCAAGAAUUCUUUCAACGCUUUCGGACGCCGUUUGGCGCGCACAUCAGGAAGAAACAAUCGCACGAAUGGAAAGGGAAGGAAAGCAAUUUUGGCGUUUCUUUGAAGAUGCCCCAGGUGGUCGCUUUCGCCUCAAAGUCCGUGAACUUGGACCAGAAGUGUGGUUGGAAUUCAUUCUUUGGUGCUGUGUUGAAGGAGGAUUUGCUGCUGCGGGGACUCGAAUUAUCAACUCGUUGCGUCAACAAGUUGAUCAUCCGUGGUACGCCCUUCAUUGGACAACGGGCCAGUGUAUAGACACUCAAGUCCCAAAGAUCGACUGGGAUAGGGUCGAUCGUCGUCUCGGAGGGACGGUGGGCCGAAUAGAAGGUUACAGUUUCGACAGACCUUUUGCAGAAAUGCCACCGCGAACCAUUAGCGCCGAAGUUGUCCUUGCCCUCGUGGACUGCUUGAUCAACAGUGUCGAUCUCGAAAUCGCGGGAAAGAAACUGCCACCGGAUCAAGUUCAAGAUCAGCUCAGCAAUGUUGUGUCGUUUCUUGAACCCCACGGACUGACUCCUACAUAUUUCGACUACCUGGCUAUUCGAUUUUUGGAAGCCGAGAGGAUAGGAAUUCAUGCGAGGGCUCCUGGAUUGCGGAAGUGGGCUUCCACUCUCUCCAGAUUACGCACUUUAAAGGUCGUACGACGACGACGACGUCGUCCUCGUCCAAAAUCUGGACUCAGCUUUGAUUCUGUGGUAAAUCACUCCGAGUUACAAGCAGGAAUUCUUCAUCAAGCACUCCAGGCUUGUAUUAAUUCAAAUCUCACGACAAAAGCCCUCAAUACCUUGACCGACAUUCAGAAGCUUGUGGAUGGCAAUAAGCUAGAAGCAAUCAGCCAAUUUCUUUCUCUUCCAAUGCGUCCAGAACAUGGGUUCUUUACUUCCAGACCCGGCAAACGUCACUCCGAAUUUAUCAAUUCAUAUGGUCAACUUCCGACAUAUAAGCUGGUGCCAAUUCUGAAUAUGGUCACUCAUGCCAAGUUAUUUGGCCUCGGAGACUGGCUUCUUAAUUCGCAGGAUGUUGAUGGCCCUGUCAUCCCAUUCUCGGUCUGGCGUCAACCUUCUAUCGCAACUGCAAUCAUUCGCUAUGCCGUCGGAAAAAAUGACCCUGCCCUGAUAAGCUCCGUUCUGGUUGCUCGUAAAAACUCAAAGAGAAAGCCGACCGUGAACCUAUUGAGAGCUCUGACCAACUCUCAAAUCAUUUUCCGCGAUUGGGACAAUGCGGUCUUUCUUCUCGAAGAACUGCAACGAGCUGAGGGUGGUGGAUACAGUCCAGAUAUCGUUGCGAGUCUUGCCGCCUCAAUUUUGCGAAUGGAAGAUGAAUCAAGGAAAAUGCAACAUGAUAGCACUGACAACGGUUUGCAUCACGCACAGUCGCUACUCGGUGAUAUAUUGCAAGGCCAUUAUGAUGCUCCGAAGAGCGGCUUCAGGACGGAUCAGAGACGAGAAUUUCGACGGCAGAUAGGGUUUUUGUUGCGUUUCUUGGAAAACAUCCCAGACAGCAGCGUGCAGAAUAUCGCCGUUCAGUUCAAGACACAGUUUCCGGCCAGCAAUAUGGCGGGUCUGUCCAAAGACACGUUCAAUAUUGUAUUCUCUGCAGUCGUGGAGACUAAAGGAGCCUUGGAGGGUCGUCGGAUGUGGGACUUAUUUUGCAUGCAUCCUAGAGUCUCUUCGGCCUCCAACGAGACACAUGCACCCGGUUCUUUCGGUCGCAUUCCGAAAACGGGGUCUUCUGGAGAUGAUGAAGGAGAGAUCACUUCUGAUCGACGCCGUCCUGACCGAACAUCUGUAACACAGAGGGAUGAUAGGGCAAAUCAAUCUGAACCCGAUGCGGGCUCAGCUUAUACUGAGUCAAACCAGGAUGCCCUGCUUGAUGGUGAAGCCUUGCAAACUGGUCUAAUCAGCACUUCCCCUCUUAAAGACAGCGCCUCUUCAUCUAAUCCGAUUGUCGUCCCCAAUAUACAAACGCUACAAAUUCUUGUUAAAGGUGCGUUGGCUCAGCAAAAUUCGAGACAACAUGCUCCGAAACACACCGAGGCUGAGCUUGAUGAGCUCCUUCAUUGGGUCGAACCUUUGUACCGAGCCUUUGGUAUGUCUGAAGAAGACGUCGACGCAGAACUUCACAUGUGGACCACACUGCCUCGGCAGACGAAGUUCCAGAAGACAUUGGGCAGAUUCCAAAACAAACGAGCCCAGUUGCGUGAGAGGAGUAACCCAGACAUCCGAAUCCAUUUCUCUAGAGGAGCGUAUUCUCCAAGACGACCUGGUGAUGCCUUCACCCAGCCAACUCUCGCACCGGGGCGAAAAUGA